CGCGUUUUCAACAUCACGCUCAUCUCGAACGCUCUUGUCAAAGCCCGACCCGCGUCCACAUAACACCAACAAGGUCCCUUUUGCCAGGGUAUCCUUCCAAACGACCGAAUAUGGUGAACCCAUCGCCCGAGGUCUGCAAGAGGGUCGUCUCCUUCCUCCAUCCAUAUGCCACCCGGGAUCUCAAAGCUCUAUGCCUUGUCUCAAAAGCCUUUGAGCGCGCUGCUCGUCCAGUACUUUUUCGCCAGGUCGUUCUGACCGACUUUGCGCAAGUCAUCACAUUCGGCCAGUGCAUACGAGAGAACCCAGAGCUGGGCAAGAUGAUCCUCGAAUUCCGCGUCAUGGGCCGCCACCAGUUGCGCUUCAGCCCAGAACAGCGCGUCGAACUCUAUGUCAUGCACUACUGGAACGCUGUCGCAGAUGUCCUCGCCCGCGUGCCCAACCUAAUUGCGCUUAUCAUUUACGAUCCGCUCAUCGAAUCGCUCCCACACAUACACAUUCCGCAGGAAGAAGCUUACCCCUUCCAGCUCGAGCGCUGCGGUGUCAAGCUGUGGUGGAACGACGCGUUCCUGCAGUUUCUCGUCACGCAGCACCGGCUCGUCACCCUCCAGCUCUACGAGCCGUACGACGAGCGCGAGAACUUUGAGAUCCCUGCGAAUUGCUGGCCGAACCUAAUCAACUUCUCUGGCACUCUCGUUAGCGCGCUGGAGAUUGCAGAGGGCGCCGCGCCGAAUGUUCGCCAUAUGUGCAUGCGUCUGGAUGACGCGACGUCGCCGACCAUCGCGUACUGCAUGCCCCAGCUUGCGUCCCUACGAAAGACGUUGCGCAGCCUCAAACUCACCGGGCUCGAACCAGGAGAUGUAGACAACACACUGGCAGCAAUCGCGCGUAAUUUCCCAGACUUGCAGUACAUCGGCGCGUUGCCACUCCCGGUUCUAGAUCGUACCGCCUUCCUCUCCUCCCUCACCGCCUUCCCCGACCUCCGCCACCUCCAGGUCGACCUCACCCGCUGGCGCCCUCAGCCGCACGCCCAGCACGCCCUCCGCGCCAUCGUCACUCAGCUGAAAGCUUUCGCGCCCACUCUGCGCAUGGUCACCCUCUGGGUUCCGCAAGGGAAGUGGAUGUACCACAUCCGCGACGGCGAGUGGGAGGGCGCGCCCGACGGCACACAGAGCAUCUGGCAGUGCAACUCGUGGAUGGAGCAGGUCUCGCUGGAGUAUCUGCCCAGUGCGUGGCUUCGGGCUCGUUUCAUAUACGCCACUAAUGGCGGUUUGGCAGACGAAUGAUGGAAGGAGGUCCUGACGAGCAAACGCUGGAGAAUAACCUUGAUCUCUCGCACCGAAUGUAAUGGCCAAACGGCAAAUGUAUUAUGAUCUGUAAACUUCCUCCUCGACGAUAGAUAACGGUACAGUUCUACUACUGAGACUCCGACCUACGAGAUAUAACUGAGAGGGACGCCUGUAUGAUACAUAGAGAGUAUACGACUCCAAAAAUUCUGAUUACGAUAAAGCUGGGCCCGAAGACCAGGAUAGGCUGAGGC